CUUAACGCACGUAACAUUUCAUGAUACUAAACAAUCGAAUAAGAAACUAGACUUAACAUAUUUAAUGAUAUCAAAAUAUAAAAUUUCAGUACCUCGGUCAAUUAAAUGUUAUAUAUUUUUUAUUAUUAUUUGAGCUUCGUGACUUUUUACAAAAUCGAACAAUAUUUGUUCAUUUUCAUUGGUCCAAGUUACGUUUGAAAACAUUGCUUUUGAUUACAUAUUGACCAAUAUAGGUACCGUACGUCAUGCAAUUGCAGUGGUGUAUUUACGGGGAGGGGGGGGGGGGGUUCCCGGGUCUCGACCCCCCCAGAAAAAAAUUUAAAAAGUCAAAAAAACUUGGUACGUAGGUACCGAGAAAGAGAAUAUUAAUUUUAUAUUAUGGGUUUUUACUUUGAUUUAACUUAUGGUUAUUUUUGUCGCGUCGUUUGAUAUUGAAAUUAAAAUUCCGAGAUUAACAAAAAAACAAACUAAUAGAUACAAUAAACCAUUAAAUACUCCGGAACAAUAUUAUCGAGGAUCAAUUUUUAUUCCUUAUCUUGACAAAUGUAUUACAGAGUUAGAAGAAAGGUUCAAUGUUCAUCGAUCGAUUUUAUCAGGUUUCGAUUCUCUAUUUAGGGAAAAUGGUCCCAUCGAAGAUAUUAUAAUUCUUUCAAAUAAAUAUAUUGAAGAUUUGCAGAAUGAUGGAUCUCAAAAUCAAAUUAUUGAAGCAGAAUACAAAUUAUGGCAGAGAAAACUCAUACAAACAACAGAGAAACCAAAUAAUGCUCUAGAGGCUAUGGCUAUGUGUAACCAGUCAAUUUAUCCAAACAUAUAUAAACUUCUUCAAAUCUUAGUCACGCUACCUAUUUCCUCUGCAACAAAUGAAAGAACAUUUUCAAAUUUAAAAAGAAUAAAAACGUAUCUAAGGAAUUCCAUGUCAGAGGGAAGAUUGAACGGUUUAGCGAUGUUAUCAAUAAAUAAAAACUACUCAAUAAAACCGGAAGAAGUUAUUGAAGAACUGGCGAGGAAAAAAAGACGUUUACCUUUUUUAUUAUAA